AUGCUUCAUUACAAGCGGUUUGGCCAUCCUUUAGCACUGAACAUCAAGAGGUCGCGAAAGAAGAUACAGCGUGGCGAACCUCCACACAAAGUCUCAAAGCUCGCGAUUGCUGCAGAGACGGAUGAAGAUCGCUACGACACAGCAAUACGAGUCAUUUGUUAUGAGUGCCGCUUGGAUGACAUUGAUGCAUCCAGUGGCAACCUUGCAGUCGUGGUAGAUGGGGUAAUGAAGGCCAUGACUUUCUCUAAGAGAGAAGAGAUCAAAGCCUGGGAGCAAGAGUUCGUCCCAUGCGAGCAUACGCUUUGCUUGGUACAACAAAAACCUAAGCAGAUAGAGUCUCAAGAGCUGAGUCAGUGCACCAUGUGUACUCUGAAAGAGAACCUCUGGCUUUGUUUAGAAUGUGGUAACCUUGGUUGCGGACGCAGCCAGUUCGGGGGGCUGGGAGGAAAUUCACACGCGCUUGCGCAUUCUGACUCGACUUCCCAUGCUGUCGCCGUCAAGCUUGGCUCAAUAACUGCUGAUGGUAGUGCGGAUAUUUACUGCUACAAGUGCAAUGAAGAAAGGACAGACCCGGACCUUGCUGCUCAUCUUGCUCAUUGGGGAAUCAAUUUGAGCGCGCGCGAAAAAACAGAGAAAAGUCUCAUGGAGAUGCAAGUUGAACAUAACAUGAGAUGGGAGUUCUCAACCACAUCUGCAGAUGGUCACGAACUGACCCCGAUAUUCGGUCCUGGGUUUACGGGUUUGUCCAAUCUAGGAAAUAGCUGCUAUCUUUCGAGCGUGGUACAAUGCCUCUUUUCCUCGCCGGAGGUCCAAAGGAGAUACCAUCAUAGCAACGAAGAGCCACCUUUAUCUCAACAACCUGCUCAGGACUUCGAGACGCAGAUGAGAAAGCUCGCUGAUGGCGUUCUUUCUGGGCGUUACUCAAAGCCCAAUGCAGAUGUGGUUGCCUCGCCUGAUUCUCCCGAGGUUCCCCAUCAAAAAGGGUUAGCGCCAACAAUGUUCAAAUAUCUUAUCGGUCGUGGUCAUGAAGAGUUCUCAACCAUGAGACAACAAGAUGCAUUUGAAUUCCUACUCCACUUGUUCAAGCUAAUUCAACGCUCCCAAAGCCCCGAGGGCGGAGGCAAUCCCAUUGAAAGUUUUCGGUUCGCUGUCGAGCAGCGUCUGCAGUGUCUGUCCUGCAAAGGAGUUCGUUACAGAAUAGAUGAGCAAGAUAAUGUCUCUAUUCCUGUUCCCGUGCGUCGACAGCUGAGCACUGAUAGCACGGACCCAUCUGCGGAGUUCGAAUCAGUGACUCUCUAUGAUUGUCUUGACGUUUUCACUGCUGAAGAGAUGGUUGAGCUCAGCUGUCCCUCCUGUGGAAGCAGCGAUGGGUUUUCGAAGCGUUCCUCAUUCAGGACAUUGCCGCAGGAAUUAGUGCUUAAUGCCCGACGAUUCGAAGUCGUUAAUUGGGUUCCGAGAAAAUUGGAUAUCCCAGUGGAUGUCAGCGACGAACCAGUGGAUUUCAGCCCGUAUGUUGGCUCCAUGAAGGAAGAAGGCGAAAAUCUCCUACCGGAAGACAAUCAAUCCGACGGUGGGUUUUCACCUGAUCAGAACAUCUUAAACCAGCUUCUCGCUAUGGGCUUUCCCAGAAUUAGGUGUGAGAAGGCGCUACAUGCGACCGGCAAUUCAGAUACCGAAGCUGCCAUGAACUGGCUGUUCUCUCAUAUGGACGACCCAGAUAUCGAUGUACCGCUUGUGGGCAGCCUGGCCACCAGCCCCGCUAACAUGGCCCUACAGGAUCCUUUGAAGGUAGCUCAACUGAAUGAGAUGGGUAUUGAUGAGCAUCGAGCCAAAAGAGCGCUGGCUGCGACAGGAGGGGACGUGGAUCGAGCUCUCGAUUGGGUGUUUAGUCACCCAGAUGAGAUGCCUGAAUAUGAAGGUGGUGAUUGUGACUCUGGUUCCCAGCUUCAUGGUAAUAGUAAGAUUCCUGGGUUUCAUGAAACCCCGGCUAGAUACCAACUUCGGGCCAUUGUUUGCCACAAAGGUUCAUCAGUACACGCUGGACAUUAUGUUGCAUUUGUACGGAAGACGCUGCCGGGCCAGGAUAAUCCUUCCUGGGUUAUGUUCAAUGAUGAGAAGGUGGUGAGAGUCGAUGACAUUCAGGAUAUGAAGAG